AUGUCCUACUUCAUGUCUCCACAAACCCAUCCAGGUCGUCUGUCUUCUGGCCCAGGUGGGGCUGCUUCUCCCGGUUCAUCCCUUGGCCUUUCUGGUCCUGCAGAGCCAGUGGUGAUGGCUUCUGGUGGACUAGGCCCACUGAGCCAAAAAGCUGAGCAGGUGGUACCUGCUGCCCAAGCCUGGAGCCCCACCCUGGCAGUGCCUGAAACAAGGGGCUGCCCCGGGGGCCCCAGCUGGGAGACACUUCGGAGGAAGGAAUACGGCCGAUACUGCCCCCAGUUCUCCCCUGGGAGGCAGCCCGAGAGCUUGGGCUGGGAGGAUGGCAACUCCAGAAACAAAGCUUCCCGCCAGGGUGGCCCCAGCAGGCCUGGGCCCGUGCUGCUGUGGGGGCUGUCUCCGGGGGUUCUGCCCAGGCCCCCUGAGCCAGGGGGCAAGGAGGCUGGCACCCAGCCCGACAUCUGCAUUCUCACCCUGGCCAUGAUGAUCGCUGGCAUUCCCACAGUACCCGUCCCAGGCCUUCGGGAAGAGGACUUGAUCCGGGCGGCUCAAGCGUUCAUGAUGGCCCAUCCUGAGCCAGAGGGUACAGUGGAGGGGGCACAGUGGGAGCAGGCACAUGCCCAUACAGCCGCUGGGCAGAUGCCCCUAGUGAGAUCGAGGAGGGGCCAGCCUCCUGGCUCCUGCUUAUAG